CAGCUCAGCAUCUCCACUCUCACGAUGCGUAAAUCCACUGCUUUGAUGCUCCACAGAGGCACCAUCCAGUCCAUCUGAGCCACUUGUGGGAAGGAUUUGAGUCACAGCUCCUGUGUGAGCCUGCUUGAAAAAUGGCAACCAAAAUAAAGCCACAGUGAUCUGGACCAAAACCAUAGCAGGGAUGAAUGUGUCUGAUGAGUCCUCCUAUCACAAGGAGGUGCUUCUGGGUAACUCCACCUGGGCUUACUCCUACUAUCACCAAAACUACACCCUGCCCCCUCCGCUACUACCAGACAAGACGAGCACUUCCAAACCUGCAGCAUGCGAGCAGGUCCACAUCGCUGUGGAGGUCUUUCUAAUCCUGGGUAUCAUCUCCCUGCUGGAGAACAUCCUGGUAAUCACCGCCAUAGUGAAGAACAAGAAUCUCCACUCACCAAUGUACUUCUUCGUCUGCAGGUGACUCAGCACACAACAUAAAAUAUUGAUUUAAUAUAUUGAGUUUUCCAUGCUUGUGCAUGUUCCCUAUUUUUACAGGGCUGAAGGAU